AAUGGAUUUAAUAAAGUUGAAAUGAAGAAAUCAGCAGAUUCAUUAGGAGGUGCUGUAUGGUGUAUGAAACCAAAUUAUGCAAAUACAAUGUUGGCGAUAGGAUAUUGGGGUUAUGAUGAUAAAUAUCUUGUAAGCGGAUCAUCAGAUGGCAUAAUAUCUAAAUGGGAUGUUGGUAAAGGUAGAUGUGAUCAAAGGAUGACUGCAGAAACUUCAAAAGGAUCAGAGACAAUUAGUUGGGCAGUCAAAAUACUCAAAGGUGGGAUAAUCGUUAGUGGUGAUUCGCUUGGAAAUGUGCAAUUUUGGGAUGGAAAGAUGGGGACAGAGGUUUUUUCAAGCGGCGUAGAUCGUAAAUGUCGUUUAUUUCGUUAUGUCGAUCUAUCAUUGGAGUCAACUUCUGAUGAUGCAGAUCUUGAUUCGAUUAUGAGUUUUGAUGAUUCAACAGAUAUUAAUCGCAUUAAGAAUCUAACUGAACAAUGGAUUUCUGUUGGAUAUCAUCAUCAACAUUCUCAUAAUGUUGGAGCAUUUGCUUAUUUUGAAGCUCAAGAUUUUCAAGUCUUGGUGUUGAUACAACAUUAUCAGUAUCCCCAAGAGCUGAUUUUCCUCAAUAAAUUUCGCCAUUUACCAUUCACUCCCCAAAAACCUUUAAUAUGUUUAAAGUUAUGGAAAUUGGGAAAAGUUAUUUGGAAAUAUGUUAUUGUAUAA